CACUCCGCCGAGGGCCGCCAUAGCUAUUGCGGCAUCCUUUCUCGGCUUGGGAAUCCCACCAUCUCUUUCCUUCCUCUCGGGGGACGACAUUGAAGCCCAAGAGGAAGGACCAGGGAGAAGUUAGAAAACUCCAGUGAAAGGAGCGUUUUGAGGUGGCUGCGACAGUGAAGCAGCCCCCGCCCGUGCUCGGUGAGCACUGCCGCCUCGGUAGCUGUCAUGGCCGUCAGUCACGUGACCCAGACUCGGCCCGGGCUUGGUUUCCAGUCGCUCUAGUUCAGGACUCUUGUUUCUUCGAUUCCCUCCUAUUCUCUCUUGCGGACUCUAGUACUGCUUUUCUUUCCUCAGGAAGAGUGCCGUACAGACUCUUGAGAACCCCGAAAACAUCCAGAAAUAAUGACCCAUUGGUUUCAUAGGAACCCUUUAAAAGCUACAGCUCCUGUCUCUUUUAACUACUAUGGUGUGGCCGCUGGUCCUCCUGCUUCAAAAAUUUGCAAUGACUUGAGAACAUCCAGGGCACGACUCCUUGAAUUAUUCACCGAUUUGAGCUGUAAUCCAGAAAUGAUGAAGAAUGCAGCAGAUUCAUACUUUUCACUCUUACAAGGUUUCAUAAAUUCACUGGAUGAAUCUACCCAGGAAAGCAAGUUGCGAUAUAUUCAAAAUUUCAAGUGGACUGAUACGUUACAAGGACAUGUUCCAAGUGCCCAGCAGGAUGCUGUUUUUGAAUUAAUUUCCAUGGGAUUUAAUGUAGCUCUGUGGUAUACCAAAUAUGCUUCAAGACUGGCGGGAAAAGAAAACAUAACAGAAGAUGAAGCUAAGGAAGUCCAUCGAAGCCUGAAAAUUGCUGCUGGGAUUUUCAAACAUUUAAAGGAAAGUCAUAUCCCAAAACUUAUUACACCUGCAGAAAAGGGAAGGGAUCUAGAGGCACGGCUCAUAGAAGCUUAUAUUAUCCAGUGUCAGGCUGAAGCUCAAGAAGUAACAAUUGCCCGAGCAAUUGAACUUAAACAUGCUCCUGGACUAAUUGCUGCACUGGCAUAUGAAACAGCCAAUUUUUAUCAAAAAGCUGAUCAUACUUUAUCCAGUUUGGAGCCUGCAUAUUCUGCAAAAUGGAGAAAAUAUCUUCACUUGAAAAUGUGUUUCUACACAGCUUAUGCUUAUUGUUAUCAUGGUCAGACUUUGUUGGCUAGUGAUAAAUGUGGUGAAGCAAUCAGGUCUCUGCAAGAAGCAGAAAAAUUAUAUGCAAAAGCAGAAGCAUUAUGUAAAGAAUAUGGAGAAACUAAAGGACCUGGACCAACAGUCAAACCAUCAGGACACUUGUUCUUUAGGAAACUUGGAAACCUUGUGAAGAAUACCCUAGAAAAAUGUCAACGAGAAAAUGGAUUUAUUUACUUUCAAAAAAUUCCAACAGAAGCCCCACAGCUGGAACUCAAAGCAAAUUAUGGGCUGGUAGAACCAGUGCCUUUUGAAUUUCCUCCUACAAGUGCUCACUGGACACCAGAAACGCUGGCUGCAUUUGAUCUCACCAAGAGACCUAAGGAUGACAGUGCCAAACCUAAGCCAGAUGAAGAAGUAAAACCUGUGAAAGAACCAGAUAUCAAACCUCAAAAGGACACGGGGUGCUACAUCUCCUAAAACACAAUAUGUGCUUAGAAUUCUACAAGUAGAAGAGGAAACUGAGAACUCUACAAGUAGAAGAGAAAACUGUAGAACUUUGGUACACAUUUCUUGAAAUAAUUUCUCUGAAGCUUAUAGCAUAAUUAUUACAUUCAGAGGGAAUCUGCCUUUAGUUCGUUUGUUCUUGAUUUUUAAGGUGGUAGACAUGUUUUUAAUCAGGACAACAUUUGAAAGGUUUUAUUGUGCCUCUGACAGGUGUAUUUGAGGGUUAGAUCUUUUUUGAAUUCUGGUUAGUAAGUUUCAGCUUAAUGUAUUAUAGGCCUGAAUUGUUUUUCACGUAUGUUUUUCUAUCUUCACAAAAAUGUUUAUUUUUUUUCUCAUUUGAUACCAGAAGAAUGGCAAGAAUGAAUUUUGAGCAGAGAUGGUCUUUUUCCUGUGUUAAUUAUAGCACAGACUUGUUAUGUUCUGAGUCAUUUAUCUUUUCUGGUGGGGGAAAAAAGCUCUUAAUAGUUGAAGAUCAGAAAAUGUUCCUGUGAAAUCCCUCAAAUAUACUGGAAUCUAUAAUUUACUCAAAAAUUAGUGUUUAUAAAUAAGUUGAGACCUCUAAGAACUUUUUCUUAUUCUUGUAUCUGCUUCAUUCAGUCUCAAAAACCCUACAAUUUUUUUUUAUAAAUACCUUUUCUAAUGGGUUUUUUACUUAGAGGAUAGAACUUUGUAAGUGUUUAAUGUUUAUAUGUAAGGGAAGACAGUAAGAAUGAAGAAUGGUUUUUGAAGAAGUAAUAUUGCAUGAUAAUAAAAAAAACUAAACGUGAAUGAGAUAGGUUGUCCUGUUAUUACACUGGUAACUACUACUUUGUUAGAGAAGUUUUAGUAAAAUACCUUUGUUAGCUGAUUUUAGUGUACAUUGUUUUUAUAUGGUUUUCUAAUAUAUAUAUCUAUAUACAUAUCUCCUAUCAGAAUUGCAUUGUUUUGGGUCAAA